AUGUCCAAGGUAAGUGUAUUUAUAUUCCAGUGAUUGCAAAGUUCCGUCAUGUGUGUUGCGGGUAGUAUAUUGAUAUAGUUAUGGCGCAAAGUAGCUCAGAAACCAAUGAAGACAUCCUCUUAAUCGGCAAGCGGAAGUUGUCGCUAUAGCGAAUGUUAGUGAUUUGCUGCAACAUGUAUGUCCCAUCCGGAACCCGGUUUAGUUGAGCCACGUUUCCGCGUCUUGCACACGUUGGAACCAUCUGAAAGUGACACGGCAAAUACCGCGUGACGAUCGCGAAGUGACCUAUAGUGUGACAGAUGUCACACUAUUCCUUUUCCACCAUAUCCUUGAAUAAGAACCGGACGCGAGGAUCAACCAACUUCAGUUUCCGAUUGUGGUCUGACAUAUUUCUACUCGGUUAGCUACGUAGUUGAGCUAUAAUUUAGACUUCAACAGAGGUGUUAUCCUCUCAUCAUUUUAACUUGGUCAUUCCUCCGCCCGAAGUGUAGGUAGAUAACGCUGCAGACUGCAGAUAAACGAGACCCCCGCUGCCCUGGACGCCCAAAAUCUUCGCGACAGCGACUGACCUUCGUUAAGUUGUCCUUGACGAAAUCACCAGUGGAACCAAGGAAAGUCAGUGCUGAGUACUUGAUGAACUGCGCGACUUGUCUGGCACAGUGAUUUUGGCCGUAGAAUUCUUAGGUGCCUUUAAUGGUUAAGGCCAACUGCUAUGUACUUGACAUUUUGACCCAUCAGUUCCUAUUUCUCUUCUCUGUCCCGAUUCGCUAUCUCCGCGAGGAGUUGGCAAUUUUAUGGCGCCGUAUUUUCGACUCCAACGAUGCGAGACCGGAUUGGUGCUCCUUAAGCCUUCAAGGCGUGGGUGUGAGGUGAGCCGUUGGUGUUUACCGACGAAAACACUAACGGACAUGACAUAAGUGCCAUUACAAUGUCUUUUCAGGCGUCAAUACGCCAGUCGCUCGUUGGCUGGUUCCUACACAGCGUUUAGUUCCUCUGUUCUGAGGGGGCGAUCGUCAGAGAAUUUGCGUGUGUCUUUCUAGAGUAAAAAUCAGAAGUUCUUCCUGCAGAUUUUUAGUCUCUAAGGCUUGGACUUGAAACAGGUGGUAAAUAUCCCUUUUUCCGUAAAAUUACGUUUUUUGGACCUUUAUUACCGGGAUGGAAGGACGUUCAAAACAUUUGGUUUUCAGCAUUGAGCGUUCGCCCUCGAUUGGAUUCGUACUUACUUGUUGCCGGUCCACGGUUAAGUGAGAAUUUACUUAUAUUUACUGUGAGAGUUUAUUCUUCAUCGGAGUCUGUUGACAGUGGACUCCAGAGCAACGUCUAGCCAUCUAGCACGUCGCUCCAAAAACUGCCAGGUCAGAGGUGCUCUUUAAAUCGCCCAUCGUGGUAGGUCAGAAGCCCUCACUUGCAGAAGUCGAAACGAUCGACGCGUGGCAAUGUAUUACGAUUCUACUUUGACUGCCACCAUACGUCUUUGGAUAACCUAAUUUGUCGCCUCAUUAAAUAGAGUCGACCGAGAGCGCAACACUGAUGGACGCCAGAGGUGAUAUGAAAGAAGUCGCUCUCCUUGCCAUUCACACAGACUUUGGUACUUGUUCUGCAAUGGUAAACCUGAAUCGGGUAAGGCGGCUUUCGUGGUACACCACCAGGCGGCCUUUAUGCGGCACUAUUUCAACCUAUUCCCCGUAGUUAGGGCCAAACAACGCUUCCCAAAACAUGAUGGGUAGGUGGUCUACUAUCUUCGUUGUCAGGUGCAGGAGGAAGGUAGAUGGGAAGCGUCCAGUUGUCCCUUACAUGUGACUUAGCAGAUGUGUCCCGAAAUACUUGACGAUGAAAUCGCGCUUUCUCGCUAGCUGGCGCCAGUUCGUAUGCAGUGCCUUUUGGAUAGAAUUAACUGGCCUCUGGAUGCCGUCGACGUUCUACUUUAGGACUUUCGGCCAACGAGGCAUUACUGAUCAGACGCUGCUCAGACAACAUUUACCUAAUUAAGAUAAAAUAUUCCUUUUCAGCUUCUCGGCCACUUCGUUUCUGUUAGACUUGUAAUGUCUGAGUUGCACGGAAUCUUCCCCUUUAACUUUUGGCAAUUUUUACGCAUAAAGGUGGCAUAUGGGGGUUCGGUUUUAUCAUUUUAUACGUCGGUGGACGAAUACCAUGCCGUAUACACUUAUAAAGCUGGAUUGCUUGACAUAAGUCAAGCUAUAUUGAUGUCAUUUCAUAAACCAUGUUCUUUGAGAGUAACAUAUAGCAUAACAACUAGGCAGCCUUGAUAAACGACACUGGUGAUCCUGGUUUGCCGAAAAUAUCCGUUCGCAAACCAGUUUUUCUUGGAUGAUCCUAGGGAGUUUAAAGGUUAUUAAAAUGUUUGGGGCAUAUUGCGCAGCCAAAAGAGUGACCUUAUUUGAAAUUUCACCAUAACUUGAAAGUACAAUCGACUGAAUGGUCGUCUUUGUAAUAUUUUGUUGUCUAGAAUUUUGGUGUCUGCUUUGUCAAAGUGUUACAGCGAAGGGUAGAAUGAAUUUGAUUUAACACGUACAGUUGCACUCGUUUUGCUGGUCUUUGUUGUCAAAAAAUCUUUCCUCACAGCAAUAAUCGCAGGCCAUUUUCGCUUAUUAAGAAUAAAUUUGACAGAAUGCUUCGCGUUUUCAGUCCAUCAAACUGGGCUGUCUUUUCCGUAGGAGUUUCAUGUAAGACCGACUUAAACUCGGUUUUUCUUCCCAUUUUAAAGCCAUGCCGACUAUCACAAAUCCUUGUUAACACUACAUUCCGUUAUUAAAUUCGCGAAUAGUCUUUCUUUCAUGUCAUUCCCUUCAUGUAAAACAAUUGCAAUUUCUCGUUAGAAAUACGUUUUCAAAAUGGAGAUGACAUGUGAAGGGUGUGCAAACGCCGCUAAGAGAGUUCUUUCUAAACUUGGGGGUAAGUUUUGCCCGUUUUUUUAUCGCACGCCUCCCAAACUUUAGAGGGCAUCCUGUCCGUCGACGCUGAUGUCAAAAACCAACUGGUCACCGUUGAAUCCACUUUAGACGAAGAUGUGAUUUUGGAAACCCUUAAAAAGACGACAAAACCUGUCUCUGCAAUUCACUGA